UCUGAGCCCCAGACUGCUCCGAGUUUCUGUCGCAGGCUGCGAGGAAAGGCUCCUAGGCUGGGUCCGGGUGCUCGGCGGCGGCGGCGGCGGCUUCCUCCCCGCUCGUCCUCCCCGGGCCCGGAGGCUUCUCUGCUCCAGUCAUGCUGAGCAGAGUAUGGAAGCAGCUGACUAUGAAGUGCUAUCGGUGCGAGAACAGCUCUUCCACGAGAGGGUCCGCGAGUGCAUUAUCUCAACACUUCUGUUUGCAACACUGUACCUCCUCUGCCACAUCUUCCUGACCCGCUUCAAGAAGCCUGCUGAGUUCACCACAGGUACUGUGACUUCCCUCCCUUCUGCCAGAGUCCCUGGUUUGCCGUGGGCCAGCCUUAGGGGAAUGGGCCUAUGGUGUCCACUGGGAAAGGAGCAGCGGCUAUGAGGGGCUGUUCUGGAGCCUUUGCCUCUUCAGCGUCCCUUGCUGCACAGUCAUGGGCGAGGGCAGCUAGAUGGAAGUGUCUGCUGGGCAAGUCAUGUAAUAUUUCUGAUCCUCAGUGUUAUACUACAAUAUGGUCAUAACAAUGUCUACCUACUCCAUUGUGUGGACCUAAGGAGAUGGUUAAUGUGAAAGCCCUUUGUGAACCUGAAGUGGGCAACUGCCAGGCAAAUGUCAUUAUGGGCACAGGUUCUGUGUCAUCUCCUCUCCUGGUGUUCCCACAGCUGGGACCAGAGACCUCCCUGAUGACUGGGGCACCUGGUGAUGGUGGCCUUUCUCUUUAUGGGGAGGCUGAGUAUGCUCAGAUUGCAGCUUUCCUUCCCUAGACAUUGUGUAAUUGGUAGUGGGGGCACACUUGCCCCAUUUCCUAGCCCCAGCCUUUCCUUCUCUCAUGAUGGCUCAGGAUGAGUCCCCACUCAACAAGGCAGCUACCCUAAAGUAGUUCCCCUGGGGACUUUAUCUGUGAAUCUGUCCUUCUCCCUCCGCUCUUUUCCCUUUCCUGGACCCAGCCACUGAUGUAACAAGCCAAUAAUUGUUUAUCAUAUUAAUACUUUGAGCUAUAAAGAGGAACCUGUGAUGGGUGAGAUCUAGGGAGGAGGAAAGAAGUAUAGGAAUGUCUGGCCUAUAUUCUUUUCACCUGGGACCACUGAUUUUUAAGCUGCCACCUUGGCUGGAGAAUAGGCUAUGGGGUUCAUAAUGUGUGGUCUCCCAGAGCCUCUUGUGGAGCUCUGCCUUCUUUCAGGGGGCAGGGAUGGGGCGGGAAGCACAUUGUAAUACAGAUGGCCUCAGAGCUGUCCACUGAUGUCCUGCCUCUUCCCCAUGCCUCUGUCUCUUACAGUGGAUGAUGAAGAUGCCACAGUCAACAAGAUUGCGCUUGAGCUGUGCACCUUUACCCUGGCAGUUGCCCUGGGUGCUGUCCUGCUCCUGCCCUUCUCCAUCAUCAGCAAUGAGGUGCUGCUCUCCCUGCCUCGGAACUACUACAUCCAGUGGCUCAACGGCUCCCUCAUCCAUGGCCUCUGGAACCUCGUUUUUCUCUUCUCCAACCUGUCCCUCAUCUUCCUCAUGCCCUUUGCAUAUUUCUUCACUGAGUCCGAGGGCUUUGCUGGCUCCAGAAAGGGUGUCCUGGGCCGGGUCUAUGAGACGGUUGUGAUGUUGAUGCUCCUCACGCUGCUGGUGCUGGGUAUGGUGUGGGUGGCAUUAGCCAUUGUGGACAACAACAAGGCCAGCAGAGAGUCACUCUAUGACUUCUGGGAGUACUAUCUCCCCUACCUCUACUCAUGCAUAUCCUUCCUCGGGGUUCUGCUGCUCCUGGUGUGUACUCCACUGGGUCUUGCCCGGAUGUUCUCGGUCACUGGGAAGCUGCUGGUCAAGCCCCGGCUCCUGGAAGACUUGGAGGAGCAGCUGUACUGCUCAGCCUUUGAAGAGGCAGCCCUGACCCGCAGGAUCUGCAAUCCUACUUCCUGCUGGCUGCCUUUAGACAUGGAGCUGCUACACAGACAGGUCCUGGCUCUGCAAACACAGAGGGUCCUGCUGGAGAAGCGGCGGAAGGCUUCAGCCUGGCAGCGGAACCUGGGCUACCCCCUGGCCAUGCUGUGCUUGCUGGUGCUGACGGGCUUGUCUGUGCUCAUUGUGGCCAUCCAUAUCCUGGAGCUGCUCAUCGAUGAGGCUGCCAUGCCCCGAGGCAUGCAGGGUGCCUCCCUAGGCCAGGUCUCCUUCUCCAAGCUGGGCUCCUUUGGUGCCGUCAUUCAGGUUGUACUCAUCUUUUACCUAAUGGUGUCCUCAGUUGUGGGCUUCUAUAGCUCUCCACUCUUCCGGAGCCUGCGGCCCAGAUGGCAUGACACCACCAUGACACAGAUAAUUGGGAACUGUGUCUGUCUCCUGGUCCUAAGCUCAGCACUUCCUGUCUUCUCUCGAACCCUGGGGCUCACUCGCUUUGACCUGCUGGGUGACUUUGGACGGUUCAACUGGCUGGGCAAUUUCUACAUUGUGUUCCUGUACAACGCAGCCUUUGCAGGCCUCACCACACUCUGUCUGGUGAAGACCUUCACUGCAGCUGUGCGAGCGGAGUUGAUCCGGGCCUUUGGGCUGGACAGACUGCCGCUGCCUGUCUCCGGUUUCCCCCGGGCAUCUAGGAAGACCCAGCACCAAUGACCUCCAGCUGGGGGUGGGAGGGAGAAAACUGGACACUGCCAUCUGUUGCCUAGGCCUGGAGGGAAGCCCAAGGGUAGCUGGACCUCAGGACCUGGAAUCUGAGAGGGUGGGUGGCAGAGGGGAGCUGAGCCAUCUGCACUGUUGCAUAAUCUGAGCCAGAGUUUAGGACCAGGACCCCCUGCUUUUCCAUACUUAACUGUGGCCUCAGCAUGGGGUAGGGCUGGGUGACUGGGUCUGGCCCUGGUCCCAAAUCCGUUUACACAUCAAUCUGCCUCACUGCUGUUCUGGGCUGUGCCCAUAGCCAUGUUUACAUGAUCUGAUGUGCAAUAGGGUGGGAGGGGGCAGGGGAAGGACUGGGCCAGUGCAGGCUUGUGGGGGGUAGAUUGUCUCCCUUGCCUCUGGCCCAGCAGAGCCUAAGCACUGUGCUAUCCUGGAGGGGCUUUGGACCACCAGAAAGACCAAGGGCAUAGGGAGGAGGAGGCUUUACCCAUCAGCAAUAAAGUUGAUCGCAGGGUUUGCUUUGUUUUUUUUAA